AUGUCUGAUUUCCACGACAAGUACGGGGAUGGUCAACCCCUGAGCGAGGAGACCCGCGAGGAUCUCCGUCGCAUGACCCUCGGUCUCACUGACCAGAAGACCAUCGACACCCUUACCCGAGUUGGGAUGGUAGCCAAGUUCAGGCGACAGAGCUCGCUUAACUUUCACGAAGAUGACAAGGUCAAGAAGAAGACGGGAGGCCACCUGGAGAAGACCACCGCCGAAACCGUCGAUGAGUAUGCUGUGAAGAAUCAUGUCUCCCAGGACGAUGGCAAGGAUGUAGGCACCGAGUCCGACAAGGACAAGGACAAGAAGCAAGCCUAAGUCUUCCUGAGCAUGUGAAACUCACCACUUGAACCUUUUGAGCUUUGACAAGACUGCCCCAAAGAUACCCUUGUUCCAAGAGAACAUAUCAAUCGGCUAUCAAAGCAUACGAUCGGAUACAGACCCUGAGUUUCUUUCUCCGACAGGACCAUCAGGAACCGGGAAGGAUACGGACGGACAUGUACCGCAGAGGAUCGGAAUACCAUCUGUGACUUUAUGAGGGCGUGGAUCAAUUACUUUUCGGACACUAGGUUUUAUCUUUUUUUCUUUCUUUUGUUUUGCAAGGCGUACGGAAUAGGGCUCGUUUCUUUGCUUCUUCCUUCAGCGGUCACGUUAAUAGGUACGGAAAAGGACAGACAAUGUAGCCCCAAAGAAUACGGAAAUAACAGCGGCAUCUAUCCGCUGCAAC